AUGCAGCUGCCGUGGGUGAUGAUGUUCCUAAAAACUACCUCGCUAUCGCGGAAAUUCUCAGGAGGUCAAAAGCUGGCCCUCCCGCCCUGGAUGUCGUCUCGUCGACCUUACUUCAGGAGUGACUGCGAGAAGGCCUUCAAGGACAUUCUCCGUGGGAAGCUAAAAGAGACCACCUUUUGGGACCAGUUUCUCGACAUUGGUUCCGGCGCUGGAGACCUCACCCGGAGCAUCGUCAAGGUUUUCGGAGGACACCAUAGGGUAGUUGUGGCGACGGAAACAUCCAUUGAAGUCGUCAAAGUGCUGAGAAGAAACGCCGCAGAACGAGACGUCCUCUACGAGGUCAUGGACAUUGAGAAAGACGUCGAAGAGGCCCUGAAGACAUGGGGCCGCUUCAGGAGGAUCUUCUCUUUCUACCAUCUCGAGAGGACCAGAAACAAGCGCCUGGCGUUGGCUAACAUGCGGGAGCUUCUGAUUGAUAAUGGGGAAUUGUUUCUUCUUUUCCAAACGAGUUCUAACCUGCGUCCACUCUUCCAGGCGAUCAAGAAAAGUGAGAAGUGGACACACGUGACCAUGGGUUUCGAAGAAGAUACGUUCACAAAUGCUACUGGGGAGAAGCCGACCGACAUUUUGAGAGACCUUCUGCACUCUUUAGGAUUCCACGUGGCACAAUGCAAGUUGAUGGAGACCGACUGGAUUUUGGCCACCAGAGAAAAACUUGAGCAUAUGAUCAUUGCAACCUCACCAUUCCUUCUACGAGUUCCCCAAGAGAAGAGGGAAGAAUUCAUCCAGGACUGCAUCGCACUGGCGGUCAAGUUGCUUCCCAACGACGGCGGCGUCGACUUCAAAUUUUCUUAG